AUGGAGAGUGACGAAGCAAGAUUUAUGAAAGAAAAUACAGAUUAUUAUGAAAUACUCGGAGUUUCCAAGGAAGCAACUGCAGACCAGAUAAAAUAAAGCUUAUAGGAAGCUAGCGUUGAAAUACCAUCCUGACAAAAAUAAAUCUGAAAAUGCCACUGAAAUAUUUAAGAAAAUAUCGGCUGCUUACGCAUGUCUUUCAGAUGAGCAAAAGAGAAAGAUGUACGAUUUGCACGGCACUGAGGAUGAGUUCCAGACCCAAUUCAACCCGAACAACAUUGAUCCAAAUGAGAUCUUCAGGAUGUUCUUCCAACAAGCAGGUGGAGACCCUUUUGCAAAUCUUUUUAAUGGAGGCGGGUCCUCAUUUACUGUUUAUACCACUAAUUUUGGCAAUGGAGGUAGAACAACCAGAGCCCAUACUAAUGGAGGCACAAGAAGACAGCAGAGGGACCCCUUUGGAAAUGGCUCAGGGAUUAAUAUCUUCGAUCUCCUUAAUGGCAAUACUGGUGGUCAAGGAGCUAGAAGAAGACAUACCCGUGAGACAGAGGAAUAUGAAGAAGAGAUUGACCCAUUGAACUACUUUCAACAGCAGAGGUAUCAAAGAGGGAGAAAUAACAGGGCUGCUAGGCAGAAUCAGGAUCCGAAUCUUGUCCAAGUCAACCUUUUCAACAAUUGACUGCCGUGAAUAUUGUGAUGCUUGUUUGUCUUCUAUGUCCUCUUGAUUUAAUAGUGCUAAUCCGGUUAUCAAUA